GUUGACUUGCAGUAGCAUGCGAUCUUUGGCACACAUUAUAACCACACUGGACGAGGGAAAAGAUGGUAGCUGACGAUUAGCAAAAAAAAAACAUAUUUUGGAUUCUUCCACAGGAAAGGCGGCACUUGAAAGGACUGGAGUGUCAAGUUGAGUAUCAAGCGUCACCAUCGGUCACCAUGGGAAAAACAACACUCAAAGAUCAAAGGGAUGGCAGAAAGGAGAAAGCAGCAGCAGGAACAAACCCAGAAGCAACCAAAGAAUCCUUCACUUGGGAAGAAUAUCUUAAAGAAACGUCGUCCGCACCGGCGCCACCCAGUUGUUUUCGUCAGGCUCGAGUGCCACCAUCUAACGACUUCAAAGUGUGCAUGAAACUGGAGGCCCAGGACCCGCGCAACUCCACCUCGGUGUGCAUCGCCACCGUCAUGGGCCUGACGGGGGUUCGCCUGCGACUCCGCCUGGACGGCGGCGACAACAGCAACGACUUCUGGCGGCUGGUCGACUCCUCGGACAUCCAGCCGAUUGGCACAUGCGAGAAGAACGGAGACAUGCUUCAGCCGCCCCUGGGAUUUCGCAUGAAUGCCUCGUCAUGGCCCAUGUUCCUACUGAGAACCUUGAAUGGAGCAGAGAUGGCUCCAGGAACAGCCUUCAAAAAGGAGCCCCCCAGACCCUCCCAGAACAGCUUCAAAGCGGGCAUGAAGUUGGAGGCCGUGGACAAGAAGAACCCGCACCUCAUCUGCCCCGCCACCGUCGGGGAGGUGAAGGGCGACGAAGUAUUCAUCAUGUUCGAUGGCUGGAGGGGCGCCUUCGACUAUUGGUGCAAGUACGACUCGCGGGACAUCUUCCCUGUGGGCUGGUGCUCGCUCACCAAGCACAGCCUCCAGCCCCCCGGCAACAGUGUUACGUUGCCGAAGAACCUGCAAGUUCUGCCCUCGUCGUCGCCAGCCAAGCCCAGUAGGCGUUCCCUGCAGACCCCCUACAGACUCCCCAACCCACUGCCACAGCUGCCCGUCAGGAAGGGAGUACGGGGUCGCCGGCCCAAGAGCGAGACCUUAGCCCUCCUCAAAGCUGUGGCCGAGGCCGCUGCGGCCCAAAAUGGCAGCACAGUCCACAACACACAGCUGGUGCCUCGGCCGCACAAAAAGAGAGGCCCCAAACCAGGAAGCAAGAGAAAGCCUAAGGAUCUCCAAAGAGUGUCACAUCCGGGCCGGCCCACCAUCCAGAUUCCGCAUGGAAGCCCUGCCAGCCUGCCCUCUGUCAUCUCAACAGUGUGCGUCUACGUCAACAAACGGGGAAACUGCGGCCCGCACCUGGACCGGAAACAAAUGCAGCAUCUGCCAGACCACUUUGGCCCUGGGCCUGUCAACACUGUGCUACAGCAGGUGGUCCAGUCCUGUUUGGACUGCGCGUACCAGCCCAAAGUCCUGCUCGGCGCUCUGCACACGCACUCAGGAGGCGGAGAGGUGGUCAGAGUGAGAACAGAUGGGGGGGUCCGUGUGGUCAAACUCCCCUCAGCGUUGAGCGCUGCCUUUGUGCUGCGCUUUUUGGAGACAAUGUGUCGUCACCUGCAGUGCGACAACCUGUUCAGCAGCCAGCCCUUCAGCCACUACAACAAUGCCUAUGACCGGGACAGGACCAAGUCAGUGAAAGAGGAGACGCCGGACACGCCUUCGCUGGCUCGGGUUGGCAAACGAAGCCUCGCCGGGAUGUCGCCGCCCUACGCCGCACCCGUGUCUCCAAAACACGUACGCACAGACGCCCACCCUUCAGAAGCUGAGACGCUGCCCCACCAAGACAACGUCCUCAUGAAGGAGCAGUGCUACAUGGACUCCGCCUCCAACUCCAUAACCCCACCUCCCCAGAUGCUGCGCAGCUGUUCUGAGAACCGUCCCCCGUCCGCUGGCGCCACCCCCGUCCAUCGCCUGUUGUCCAAUCCCGCCUCCGCGCAGCUGCUCAGACGAGCUGAAGCCAGCUCCACCACCGGACCAGACAGCGCCUCCCUGCAGCUGACACCUGGGAAGAACCCGUCGUCCUGGUCCAUCGAGGAGGUGAUGCGGUUUGUGAGGGACGCCGACCCCACCACCUUAGCGCCGCAUGCAGAAUUGUUCCGAAAACACGAAAUUGACGGCAAGGCGCUGCUUCUGCUGCGUAGCGACAUGAUGAUGAAGUACAUGGGCCUCAAGCUGGGCCCCGCCCUCAAGCUGUGCCACCACAUUGACAGGCUCAAGCAGGGCAAAGUGUGACAUGCAGACAGGUCACAUGCUUUGCACCACGCUGCCCGGCGGGUUUGGACAUUUGACCACGGCCCACAGAACCCGAUCCCCUCCACCCCCCCAGCAACAGUCGUUACCCCCCACCUCCCUCAAAGACGGAGAUUGUUUCUUCUUCUUUUUGUCUUCUGAUGACUUGCCUGACUGUUAACAUUUCCAGUGGCAGAGGAAUGGUGGGGGACCGAGAAGGCAUGGGGUCGCUUUCACUUCCUGUUUGCCUCAUUGUGGGGCGACACCCACCUGCCUGAAAAGAAUGUCUCUCUACGCAUUCCGUUCCCUUCCUUCGUUACCUUCACACACUGGCAUCUAGAAGAACUGGGAUAGGCAAAAAGGAGUGCAGUACCGCUUGUAACCAGCAGAGGUCAGCAGUGCUACUUUUUACAAUGGAAAAUUUCGCUAAACUCCAAGCUACUUUGAAAAUACUUGAGGUAAUCGUGUUAUGGUUCAUGAAAUAAAUAUUGAAAAAUAUGGCCUUAGUAUUUAUGCCAUCUGAAAUUAAUAUCGAACUGAUGAUAGAUGUGAUUUUUUAAAAUUCAAAUUCAAAAUUAUGAAAAACAAAAAAACAAAUGUUUUUAAGUAAUAAAAACAUUUUUUUAGUUGUAAAAUAAAGUUAUUACUUAUUUUGGAAACAUCUUUCAGCAAAAUUGAAAAUGAAAUAAAUGAAAAAUAAAUUCAUGAGUGUUUUUGCAUUUGGUCAAAAGAUUUUUUUUUUUUAGUUCAAAUGGAAAAUGAUUUUUGAAAAAUAAAAAAUCUUAAAACAAAAUUAAAGCUAUAUUCAUGAACUUUUAAUUAGAAACAUUUUCUAUUUGCUUGUUGUGAAGCAAUGUGGAUUAUUCUUGAAAUAAAGACAUCGCGCAAACACACCCUUUAGUAUUUUUAGUAUCUAAAACGGGUGUCCAAAGUGCAGCCUGUGGCACAUUCUAAAAAAAAGAAUUUAACAAAAAACCUUUAAAAAACAGCAAAAAUGGAAAUAACAGUAAUUUUACAAGAAUAAACUCAAAAUAUUAAGAGAAAAAGUUGUAAUCUAAUGAGAAGUCAUGAUUUUUCCGAGAAAAACAACACGAUAUUUUGAGGAAAAAUAGCGUCCUUUUAAUAGCAUAAUGUUUAAAUAUUAAAAAAAAGUUUUUUCUUUAAUAUUUUUUUAAGUCAUAAUAUGAGAAACUAAACAACGAGUAAAGUUGUGAUUUUGGGAAAAUUAGGUCACUGAAAAAGUUAUGUUAUGAGAAUAAAGUCAAGAUAUUAGGGAAUAGUCAGAAUUAUGAAAAUAAAGUUGACAGUUGGAAAAUAAAAAACAACCACCACAAAAAUGCCUUCUCAAAAUAAAUCAAACCUCACAAAAUGCUCAGCGUUAAAUUUGUCUCCCGCCGUAUCCCUGCGCACCGUCGCAUGUGCGUUCAUAUGUGACGAAGACACUCACAUCUUCUUCCGCUGUGGAACACUUGCGUAAACAAGAUGGCCGCGGCGCUCAGUCGCAGAAGUAGAUUCCAUCACAUACACAAGAAUGGACAGGCAUUCAGUACGCAGACAGUGCGCAGGAAUACGGCGGGAGACAAAUCACUGAGCAUUUUGUGAGGUCGGACUUUUGAGAAGGCAUUUUUGUGAUGCAAAUGUAUAAUCUAAAGUUGUACCUCAGAAAUUUACAAACCAAUACCACCUUAUAAUGAAAAAGUAAUUUUAAAGUUUUCCCAUAAUACAUUGCGUCUGAGCAAAGCACUCAGUGGUGCUUGCCGGGGUGCUGCAAUGAUCUCAGCCUCCCUCUGGUCGACAGGGGCAGCAUUACAGUGCCAUCCAUCUACUCAUUUUCUAUGCCGCUUGUCCUCCAAUGAAAUGCUUUGCUCAGACGCAACGCAAUAUGGGAAAACUGUUUUUUUUUCCAUUUUAAACUCCCAUUGGUACUUGUUUGUAUAUUUCUUAAGUACAGUUUUUAGUGUUAAGUUGUGUGUGAUGAGUUUAAUGUUAUUGUAAGAUGAAACCGUGAGUCAAAGUGUUCUAUUGAGUUAUAACCUACUGCAAUUUCCAAUGGAUUGACAAGUUAGUCGUGAGUUUAGUCAGAUCUCAUAAUUUGCUCCUGUCAAAGAAAGAACUGCCUGGGCGUCAUGGACUCGGACAAUAUGCCAUUUUAUGACAUGGACAUGUGCAGUUUAUAGUCCGGUGCGGCUUAUACUGUAUUUGUACAAAUCUGUUUUUUCCUCUAAAUUUAGUGGGUGCGGCUUAUACACUGGAAUUUACGGUAACUUCUAGCAUAUCUACAUGUUUUGCUUUACAAAAUAUCCAGGUGGCAAAGUUGCACUCUUCAUUUUUCACUAUGUGGCUCCCGCUGGAAAAACAUUAUGACAAUCAAAAGUGCGUCCUUUACAUCAACUUUGAUAAACAACGCUCUCGUCUACUUUUUGAAAAAGAUCUGUAAAUUAUGCUUCAACAUCAUUUGCAUUUUGUCGUUUCUGUUUCACUUUAAACUUGGAGCCUGUGGGAAUGUGUUGUUCUUCAUUUGGAAUAAUGAUGAUUAGGAGUGCAUGAGAAAGUGAAAGGCAUGAAAUGGACUUUUGAAGCAAUAAAAAAAGUAAGCGUGAAGUCAGCAAAGAAGUUUAUGAAAAGAUACAUUUAGUGUAUAAAUAAGCAUUUUGACAACACAAUAAAUUAGUGGCGUUACAAUGAAACCGUAGCAAACAUAUCAGAUUCAUAACAAUAAUAAAUACGUCUUCAUCCACACAAUGUAAAUUUGUUGCAUUCCUUCAAAUCAUCAUCAUCAUCUCAACAGGCAGCAAACAACCCUGUCACCUUGUUUCUUGAUUUUUCUUAUGCUAAACUACCACAAAGUGCACAGGAGAAGGUAAACUAACACACACACACUCGAUGGAAGAAAAAAAUGUGAUGUUCCACCUUGACUUUUUUUGAGUUUGAGUACAAAAGUCUUCCAGGUAAUAAAAACAUUUUGCGUUAAAGCGAGCUCACAUGCUAACGGUUCUAACCAUAAACCAAAGGAACGCUCGAUGAUGACUGCUAUGUGCCACGAAGAGCGCGGUGCGGGCAUUCACUUCCUGGGGAAGAGCGCAGCCAGUCUCUGCUUCUUGAUAGGCAGGAAGUGGAUCUCCUGUGAGCUCACCUUCUUCAGCUUGAUGGCUCGGUUCUUCGACGUCUUCUUCAGGUGCUCGCCAGUGUCGGGCGCCUCCCCCUCGGGUGCCGGCGGCACGCCGUAGAGCUGCUGCAGCGGUGCCCCCUUCUGGUCUCGCUUGAUGGAGAAGUUCUUGGUGGACGAGCUGGAGAGGCUUUUGAUCUUGCCGCAGAGGAUGGCUGGGAUGGCGUCCUUCACCGAGACGAUGACCUUGGCGGUCUGCGAGGCACUGACGAUCUCCAGG